ACUUCAAGCCGAUCCACUCAAGACGAAUGGCUGACGAGUGGAUAGCCUGGGAAUCGUGUCAGCGCGGGAUCUACAUAAGAAAUCAACUGAACCAUACUGAGAAGCGGAUUGGUGCUAGACAGUUACCUGUGGACGGAUUUGAUAGUGCAAAUCAAACCGUGUUUCAAUUUCAAUGGUGCUGGUAUCAUGGACAUUCAUGUCAUUUAAACAGAGGGAAAGAAAGAAAUGAAUAUCGAAACAAGACCAUGAAAGAGCUCCGCGACGAAACAGAAGCCAACAGCGAUUACAUCCGCAGCCAAGGUUAUCAACUGAUCGAGAUGUACGAGUGUGAAUGGCGGCGAAUGAARAAAGAAGAUCCACGAGUGCGCGCCUUCAUGACSAACACCUUUAAAAGACCGUUGGAUAACCUUUGGACCAUGACACCAGACCAAAUCGUGACUGCCGUUCUUCAUGGUUCGCUUUUCGGGGUUGUAGAGUGCGAUAUUCAUGUUCCAGACCAUUUAAAGCCACACUUCAGCGAAAUGUGCCCGAUCUUUAAGAACACCGAGAUWAGYCGUGABGAUAUUGGGGAGUUUAUGAAAGAAUUUGCAGAAGACGAAGACAUCAUGCCACGCCCACGCCGAAGCUUGAUUGGGAGUUACUUUGGAAAGAAAAUCCUCCUUGCUUCACCUCUCCUUAAAUGGUACUUGGAGCACGGUCUUGUGGUAACCCGUAUCUAUCAGGUGGUAGAGUAUACGCCCAAGGCCUGCUUCAAACCAUUUGGGGAGGCGGUAUCUGACGCACGAAGAGCCGGUGACGUGGAUCCCUCUAAAGCCAUCAUUGCUGACACGAUGAAACUG